CACACAUUAUAGAAACCUAAACACAUACUUGAACAUAAAUGGAUUCAACACAAUUUACUGACAGAGCAUUGGAAAUCGUCACCAAUGCUCAAAAACUAUGUCAACAGAACUCCAACCCACAAUUGCUGCCAAUCCACUUUUUGGCAGCCAUGAUCCCGGAUAACGAGUCACAGGCAAUUUAUCUCAAGACAAUCAUUGAAGGUUCGAGAUACGAAUGGGAACCUGUCAAGAGAUCGAUAAAUCAACAUUUGCUAAAGUUGCCAUCCAACCAAGGCUCCAACAUGGAACCGGGAAUGUCCGCCUCCGCUGCUAGUAUAAUUACAAACGCAGAAAAGGUGAAACAAAUUCAGAAAGACUCGUAUAUUGGUCAAGAUCACAUCCUAACUGCUAUGUUGGACGAUGACUCAAUAAAAAGGUUGUUCAAAGAUUUGAGCAUCAAUACCGAGUCCUUGAAAAAGCAGAUCAUCCAAUUAAGAGGAUCUCAAAGAAUUGACUCUAGGCAAGCAGACUCUUCUGAAGAAUAUGAGUUUUUGAGCAAAUACGCAAUAGAUAUGACUGAGCAAGCUUUACAGGGUAAAAUUGACCCAGUCAUCGGUAGAGAGGAAGAAAUUAGAAGAGCCAUCAGAGUGUUAUCGAGAAGAGCAAAGUCUAAUCCUUGUUUGAUUGGUGACCCUGGUGUCGGUAAGACCUCCAUCGUGGAAGGUGUUGCUCAGAGAAUAGUCGACAACGAUGUUCCUUCAGUUUUACAAAACUGUAAGCUAUAUGGCUUGGAUUUAGGUGCAUUGAAGGCCGGUGCAAAGUAUCAAGGUGAAUUUGAAGAAAGAAUCAAGGGUGUCUUGAACGACAUAGAGAAAUCAAAAACUAUGAUCAUAUUGUUUAUCGAUGAAAUUCAUAUGCUAAUGGGUGAUGGUAAGUCAGAUGCUGCCAACUUAUUGAAACCAGCCUUAGCUAGAGGUCAUUUCCACUGUAUCGGUGCAACCACUAUCAGUGAAUACAGAAAAUAUAUUGAAAAGGAUGGUGCCUUUGAGAGAAGAUUUCAAAGAAUUGACGUUAAGGAGCCAACUGUCAGAGAAACUGUCGCAAUUCUAAGAGGACUUCAGCCAAGAUAUGAAAUUCAUCAUGGUGUUCGUAUUUUAGAUUCGGCCUUAGUUACUGCUGCUCAAUUGGCCUCAAGAUACUUGACUUACAGAAAGAUGCCAGAUUCUGCUGUGGAUUUGAUCGAUGAAAGUGCUGCUGGUGUGGCAGUUGCAAGAGACUCCAAGCCUGAAGAACUAGACUCAAAGGAAAGACAGCUUGAAUUACUGGAAGUCGAAAUCAAUGCUUUGGAAAGGGACAAGGACGCCGAUGCUUCGACCAAGGAUAGAUUAAAGCAAGCUCACAAGAAAAAGCAGGAGUUAGAAGAAGAGCUACAGCCUUUGAGAGAGCAGUACAGUCAAGAAAAAGCUGGCCACCAAGAGUUGACGGCUGCAAAGAAGAAACUUGAUGAAUUGGAUAUCAAGGCCCAAGAUGCCGAAAGAAGACACGACACUGCAACUGUCGCUGACAUUAGAAUGUUUGCAAUUCCUGAUGUCAAGAAGAGAAUUGAAGAAUUAGAAAGAGAAGUUGAGGAAGAAGAACAUUCUGCAGAAUUCUUAGUCAAAAACGUUGUUGGUCCUGAUCAGGUUGCUGAAACAGCCGCAAGAUUAACCGGUAUCCCAGUUUCCAAACUGACUCAGGCCGAAAAUGCCAAGUUGAUCAAUAUGGAAAGAGAGCUAUCAAGUGCAGUUGUUGGUCAAGGUGAAGCUGUUAAGGCAGUUUCUAAUGCAAUAAGGUUAUCCAGAUCUGGUUUAGCCAAUCCAAAUCAACCAGCUUCUUUCUUGUUUUUGGGUUUAUCUGGUUCCGGUAAAACUGAGUUGGCAAAGAAAUUAGCAGGCUUUUUAUUUGCAGAUGAGAGAGCAAUGAUAAGAAUUGAUUGCUCUGAGUUGAUGGAAAAGCAUUCUGUUUCAAAGUUGAUUGGUACAACGGCAGGCUACAUUGGUUUCGAAGAAGGUGGCCUGUUGACUAACCAACUCAUGAGAAAGCCUUACUCUGUUAUCUUAUUUGAUGAAGUAGAAAAGGCAGCGCCUGAAGUCUUGAACAUUUUACUUCAACUAUUAGAUGAUGGUAGGAUAACUGCAGCUAAUGGUACCUUGGUAAACUGUUCUAAUGCAAUUCUCAUCUUAACUUCCAAUUUGGGUGCACAAUUUAUCAACCAAUCGAAGGUCACCAAAAUCACUCCAGAAGUAAAAGAAGAGGUAAUGACUGUUGUCCGUCAACAUUUCCGUCCGGAACUUUUGAACAGAAUCUCGGCAACGGUAGUUUUCAAUAGACUCUCAAGACAUGCCAUUUCAAAGAUUGUGAAAAUUAGGUUGGAAGAAAUUGAAAAACGUUUUGAAGAAAAUGGUAGACACUUGAAGUUGAAACUUGAUGACUUGGCCAUGGAAUACUUGUGCAAGCACGGUUAUUCCAUGGACUUGGGUGCAAGACCAUUAAAUAGAUUGAUUCAAAACGGAGUUUUGAAUCCUUUGGCUGUCAUGAUCCUAAAUGGGCAGGUUUUGGACAAAGAAGAUGUCAAGGUCUCUGUUAACGGUAAGGGCUUGUACGUUAUUCCUAACCACGAAAGUUCAGGUGAGGGUAUGGAUGUUGAUGCCAUUGAAGAUUGGACAGAUGACGCUGAUGAAGAUGAUGACUAUGCAGACAACGAUGUCGAAUUGGACUAAGUAGACUAACAAAUUUACGCUAAUAUGUAACGCUUUUAUAUA